UCAGUUCUUGUUUUUUUUUUGCGAUGCAAAAUUUCCAUUCGGGAAAAGUGGAUUAAGGAUUGCACCUGCAUUUUACGCAACACCUGUCUUUUUCGCAGCAACCACGGCACAGAAGCACGAAACAGCGUGGCAUUUGGCAUGUGUGUCGUGAGCUUUUAGGUUUCUAAUAUAGUGGGAAAAUAGUAUUAACACGAGUGUAUUUGUGCUGUCGUGGAUAAAAUAGUAACCUUCGUCGAUUGCGGUGAUUAUCGUGUGAUAACAGAAUUUUGUGCAAGUGGAGAGACGAAGGUUGAUCUUUUGUGUGUCACGUUGUUGAUGUGGAUCGGUGUAUUGGUGCGUGUCGUGCCCCUUUUUGAGUUGUUUUGAUUUGACAGAAAUUCGUGUGUGGGAAAACUUCGCUCUCUAUGUGUGGUGUGUUGCUUUUGGAUUUUACUUCUGGUUUGCUGAGAGUGAUCCGAAGAGAGUGACAGUUUUGCAGUUUCUCACCUCGAGCGAGCGAGCGUCCAUAACCACAUCAUUCACGGUUUGCUUUGGCUCGCUCUUUGCCGUCAUCAUUCACCAUACUGAACACACCGUGUGCGGCUUUAACCUUUCUGACAUUGAAACUGUUCGCAUUCGGUGGAGCUCACUCCUCUCUGUGAAUCGGUCGCGGUCAGUAGCAAUUCGCUAGAAGUAGAGUUUUUCUUGCACAAGGCAAGAAAAUAAAAACGGAAGUUAUUUCAUUGCCUUUCUUUUUGAGUUUAUCGACGGGCAGAAUACGGAUGGUUUAGCUAUCGCGAUUUUCUAAUCUCAGGAGCAAUUUGUGCAUGUAAUUUUCUUUUCUCGUCAACUUCAACUUGGGUGAUCGGCCAACGCAAGUGAUCGGUGGUGGCCAAGUAGGAAGAAAAUUAGCAAUUACCUUAAAAUGGCCAAAGACGAAGAGGAUGAUCUGUUGCCGGACAAGGAUGCGGCCAAGGGAUUCUACGCCAAGUACGAACCGAAGGAAAUUCUUGGCAGAGGCAUCAGUUCGACCGUUCGGCGAUGCAUCGAAAAGGAAACGGGCAAGGAGUUUGCGGCCAAAAUCAUCGAUCUCGGAGCGGCCGAGUCUGGCGAUUCGAAUCACAUGCUGGAAGCUACCCGACAGGAGAUCCAAAUCCUCCGACAAGUGAUGGGACACAAGUUUAUCAUCGAACUGCAAGAUGUGUUCGAAUCGGACGCUUUCAUUUUUUUGGUAUUCGAGCUGUGCCGGCAGGGUGAGCUGUUUGACUAUCUGACCUCGGUGGUGACACUGUCCGAGAAGAAGUCGCGCUAUAUCAUGAGACAAAUCUUCGAAGGCGUCGACUACAUCCACUCGAGGAACAUCGUACACCGUGAUCUGAAACCGGAGAACAUCCUCCUGGAUGACAGUUUGAACGUGAAGAUUACCGAUUUCGGUUUCGCUCGGAGGCUGAAAGACAGCGAGAAGCUGUUUGAUCUCUGCGGCACGCCUGGUUACUUAGCCCCGGAAACGCUCAAGUGUAACAUGUUUGAGGAUGCACCCGGAUACUCAAAGGAAGUCGAUAUUUGGGCGUGCGGUGUCAUCAUGUUCACACUGUUAGUUGGCUGUCCACCGUUCUGGCACCGGAAGCAGAUGGUCAUGCUGCGGAACAUCAUGGAGGGCAAAUACAGUUUCACCUCGCCCGAGUGGGCCGACAUUUCUGAGGACCCAAAGGACCUGAUCCGCAAGUGCCUGGUGGUGGACCCAACCAAGCGCAUCACCGUGGUAGAGGCCUUGAAGCAUCCGUUCUUCAACACAGUACUUUUCGAACAAGACAUUGGCCCGUUGAAGCGCAGCCUGUCGGCCAAGUCGCGACGCUUGAGUCGUAUCGCCGAUCUGGCACUGUUACGUAAACAAAGUCAGUUUAACGCUAGAAAGAAGUUUCAGUUCGCUAUACUAUGUAUUAGAGCAGUGGUUAGAAUAAGGAGGCUACGGUACACUCCGGAACCGCUGCGGGCCGAGGACGCGCUCAGAGAUCCCUAUCGCAUCAAGGUGCUGCGAAAGGUCAUCGACGGCUGUGCAUUUCGAGUGUACGGCCACUGGGUCAAGAAGGGCGAGGGCCAGAAUCGUGCCGCCCUGUUCGAGAAUACGCCUCGAUGCGAGGUUUAUAAUCUUUAUAUCAACAGCCUUAACCGGUAAGCUCUAGGAGGCGAAGGCGGCGGCGGCGGCGGCGGCGGCGGCGGCGGCCCAGGGCGAAUGGGGAUGAAAUCCCCCGCCAAGCAUGAAGGAAUUUGUGGAUCACAUCGUUUACUUAUCACCGCGUGCUGGCACACAUUCAGCGUGUUCCUUAGAGGUCGAGGUGUGCGAGAAAUUGCGUGAAAGUGCGUGAAAGUGCGUGGAUGUGUGGCAUGGCGAGACGGGGGAGUGAUUUCUUUUUUUGAUUUCCCGAACGGAGAGGAGUACGGUAAAAAGGAAGCGUUAAGGAAGUUGAAAAGUGAUCAGGCAGUCUUUAAAUAUAUAGAGAGAGAAGGUUUAGUUUAGUAGUCAGUAGAAUUAGUUCGGAUAAAAUGUAGGAUUUAGUUUUUUUUUCUCUUAUACGAUAUUAUUUAUUGUACCGCAAAACUGAAGUUAAAUCUCUUUCGUUUAAAGUGAAUGAAUCGGAUCGGAUCGAUGUAGUUAUUUAACGGCAAUCAGUUAUCGAAUUGAUUUGUCAUGUUUUUUUCUUUUCUUUAAAAGGCGUUUACCCUUUCCUUAUUUAGUCGUAAGGUUAUAUCUCAAAAAAGUAUAGCAUAUUACAUAGACAUACCUUAAAAACACUGUUAACCAGAUAUUUGAAUUCCUCAUUUUUUGAUAUUACUGAAUGGAAUCAAUUUUUCUUAUCAAAGGAAACCUAUUUUUGUAAGCUUGUUAGGAAUCAUGAAAGUUUUGGAUUGAAGAGCAAUAGCAGAAAAGAAGGCUUAUCAGCAAGAUGGUACAUUGAUGGCAAUAUGCAGAAGGUAAAUACAACUAGUGAAUUAUUGUAUAAUCUCCACUCACAAGUAUGUAGCACACACACUUACACUAGGGUGUUGUUAGUUGUAUGGCUGCUGUUAGUAGCUAGACGUAACAUGAAAACUAAAAUCGUCAACCUUUAGUGGAUAGCCAACUGCUUGAAAUAUACCGGAAAUCUGCAAGGAGAGGAACUGAUCGGU